AAUUUCCAAAAAAAUUUCUAUUUCCUACUGCUUUUCCUCUGCUCCGCUCGACUCCUAUUUGCUCUCGGCCUUCGCGAUUCGUCUGCUCCGCUCGACUUCCUCCUUUCUCCUUCUCCACUCCCAUAAGCCGCCCGACGUUUUCGUGUCCGCCUCAAAAAUUAGAAAAAUUUACCAACAUACUGCACUCUUUCUCCCACCUUGCUUUUUUUUUUUUUUAAUACUAUAGAGUUCGGCUAGACCUAUACCUCUUCCUUGAAGACAACCUACUAGGAACUUGCGGUGCUCGACGCCUCCACCAAUCGACCUCGCCGUCUCCAGCAAACUACAGAACGCCUUGCCAUACACGCCAGCAGACCUCGCAGCAGACUCAUUUCUUCUACAUCCUCCCAAAAAAAAUCGGUUGAAAUGUCCGUAAGCGCAUCUGCAAUGAUGAUAACAACUGUGUCUCCUGCCAUUGUUCAAAAAUCACAGGAGUCCCUGCCUCUCAGCCUCCUACCAAAAUGCUCCUCCCUCCGAGAAAUCCAACAGCUCCACACCUUUGCCAUCAAGUCCCACCUUCAUUGGGCCAACUCUUUCCUCUCCAAGCUCAUCGACGCCCUGACCCUCAGUCCGACGCCUCCAUCCAUGUACCAUGCCCACAAGCUGUUCGACCAAAUUUUCCAUAGGGAUGUUGUACUAUUCAACACACUUAGCCGCGGUUACUCACGUUCGCAUGAACCGCACCAAGCCAUUGUCCUCUUUUGCCAGAUGCUUGAGGCUUCCAUUGCCCCUGAUGCCUACUCCUUCCCCUCCCUACUCAAGGCCUGUGCAUCCGCCCACGCCCUCUGUGAGGGGAAGCAGGCACAUGCGGCCGCCGUCAAAUGCGGCUUCGCUUCUAAUGCUUUCGUGCUCCCCACCCUCAUUAACAUGUACUCCCAAUGCGGUGACGUCAAAGCCGCCCGCACCAUCUUUGACCAUGGGACCGACCUGUGCGUCAUCUCUUACAAUUCCAUGAUCACAGCCUGUGUGCAGAGCAGUCGACCAAGCGAGGCAUUGGUGUUGUUCCGAGAGAUGCAGUCUAGGCGGCUCCGUCCUACCAAUGUCACGAUGCUCGGAGUUUUUGCCGCUUGCGCUUUGAUAGGGGCACUUUACCUUGGAAAGUGGAUCCAUGAGUAUGUGAAGAAGAACGGCUUCUCAUCCUAUGUUAAGGUGAACACAGCACUCAUCGACAUGUACGGAAAGUGCGGUAGCUUGGAAGAUGCUAUCGGAGUGUUCAAGGGGAUGGAGUUUCGAGAUACGCAGGCAUGGUCGGCCAUGAUUGUGACUUACGCGAUUCAUGGACAGGGUAUUUUGGCACUCAAGCUGUUCGACGAAAUGCUCCAAAAGGGAGUUAGACCGGACGGCAUAACCUUUCUGGGAAUCCUAUACUCUUGCAGCCACUCGGGCAUGGUUGAGCAAGGCCUUGGAUAUUUCCGCAUUAUGUUCAGUGAUUACGGAAUCCUUCCGGGAAUCAAGCAUUAUGGUUGCAUCGUUGAUUUGCUGGCUCGAACAGGGAAGCUAGAAGAGGCUUAUGAUUUUAUCAAUGGUUUGUCGAUCGAGCCAACGCUGAUUCUGUGGAGGACUUUGUUGUCAGCCUGCGCAGGGCAUGGGAAUGUUGACCUCGGUAAAAAAGUGUUUGACAGAAUCAUUGAAUUGGAUGAUUCACACGGCGGUGACUAUGUGAUCUUAUCAAACAUGUGUGCAUUGAAUCGAAUGUGGGAGGAUGUGAACGAGAUUCGGAAGUUGAUGGGUGAGAGAGGGGUGGUGAAGGUGCCAGGAUGCAGCUCCAUUGAGGUUGACAGCAAGGUGCACGAGUUCUUCGCCAGUGAUGGGAAACAUCCAGAUUCUAAGAAGGUCCAUAGGAUGGUGGAUGAGGUUAUGGAGCAACUCAAGGUGGUUGGUUAUGUCCCUGAUACUUGUAAGGUGCAUCAUGUGGAUCUCACGGAGGAGGAAAAGGAAGUGAGCCUUAGAUAUCACAGCGAGAAGCUAGCGAUCGCAUUUGGGCUCUUAAACACGCCGCCAGGAUCAACUAUUCGGGUAGUGAAGAAUCUCAGAAUCUGCAGUGAUUGUCACUCAAUGGCGAAGCUGGUAUCCAUGGUGUUUGGAAGGCAGAUAAUCCUUCGGGAUCUCAAUAGGUUCCAUCAUUUUGCCGAUGGACAAUGCUCUUGUGCUGACUACUGGCCUAUACCUCUUCCACCCAAUCGCUCCUUGAAGACAACCUACUAGGAACUUGCGGUGCUCGACGCCUCCACCAAUCGACCUCGUCGUCUCCAGCAAACUACAGAACGCCUUGGCAUACACGCCAGUAGACCUCGCAGGUUCUAUGUUAUUUAGCUUGGCCGGCCUUCUUUCUCCUCUGGAGGGUUUCGAUUUCUGUUUUGGCCUUUUGGAACCUAAAUCCUGAAGUCGGUUUCACCUGGUUCAGUUUUGCUAUUCUGAUUUUUUAUCAAUUUCAGACCUGGGACAGGUUUUUUUGGAAAUGUGGCUUUUUUGUUUCGCUUCCACAUUCCAGUUUGCUUAUGGAUCUUUUUACCAGCACCUCUCGGGUAUACAUCAAAGACUAUGGCAGUAUUUUUGUGGUGGUCAUGGGCCAAAUGGACGAUGAUGAGCAAGGACUGUCUCUCCGAGCUAUGGAGGGUCUUUUUGGCAACCUGACUCGUUUUUGUGGCUUCUUCUUGACUAGCUGGAGGCACUGUGAUGGCCAGUUUUGCUGGGUUACUCGACGCUUACUCAGGUUUUGUGGGCAACCAGUGCCACCGUCUGCUUCAAUUCAAUCUAGAUUCUGAAAUUACUUGAUGAUUGAGACAGCGCCUGAUUUCUGAGUCUAAUGUUGUUGCCAAUUUCCAUUUACUUUUCUCUGCUAUAGUCUUUGAGAAUUUUGUUUAGUUUUAGCUCUUUGCCUUUCUUUCCUACUUGUUACUUGUAAUUUGAAUUUCCUUUUUUAAUAUAUGGGCUUUUCACGCCCCGGGUUUAC